UGCUUCGCUUUGAUUAAAUAAAUAGAACGCCGCCUUAAUUAAGAACGCCGGUCAAAUCGUAAUCUUACGAAUCAGCGAGGUGUUGUGAACAAGUGUGUUGUUCGGUUCUUCCUUUCGUGUAUAAUUAAGCAGCUAUAUACCUGUAUUUCACCUAUAUAUCUUUAUUUAUACAUGCCCAGAUAUGUAAUGUAUGCACGCGUGUGUGCCUGUUUGUGAGGCUAGGCCAGAAAGUCCCGGUUAACUCAAUUCCUCGAUACCAGUUUUCAAGUGAAAAAUAUGCCCUUGGGUGCGAAAAUCGUCUGAAUAACCGUAACGGUAGUCAAUAUUUUCACUCUUCAACCGCUACCUAUUUUUCGUCGUCACUCCAAAGCAAUCAGGAUUGAAUAAGCAAACGCGUUAAGCGUCCUAAACUGAUAUUUCCAUCAAAUAUUGUUUACCGGAAAAGGAAGAAAAGUUGGUUCAAACCACAAAAAUGGAUCACUUAACCAAAUUGCGAGUGAGUUUUGAUAAACAGGAAAGUCUCAUUAAGUUGGCCAUAUUAACGACUGCUGCUAUUUUAUCUUUCGCCACACGUUUAUUCUCUGUGCUCCGUUUUGAGAGUGUCAUCCAUGAGUUUGAUCCAUACUUCAACUACCGCACCACCAAGUAUCUUGCCGAACAGGGAUUCUACAGUUUCCACAACUGGUUCGACGACCGAGCUUGGUAUCCACUCGGGCGCAUCAUCGGUGGCACUAUCUAUCCAGGAUUAAUGGUUACCUCGGCUACCCUUUAUCGCAUCAUGUGGUUCCUGAAUAUUACGGUUGAUAUACGGAAUGUCUGCGUAUUUCUGGCACCAUUCUUCUCAUCCCUCACGACGAUUAUCACCUAUUUGCUGACGAAGGAAAUCCACAGCACGGGGGCCGGUCUGGUUGCUGGUGCUAUGAUCUCUAUUGUCCCCGGCUACAUCUCGCGCUCCGUGGCUGGCUCGUACGACAACGAAGGGAUCGCAAUCUUCUGUAUGAUUCUAACGUACUACGCCUGGAUUAGGGCGGUUAAGACGGGUGCUAUACUUUGGGCCACAUUAGGCGCACUUGCCUAUUUCUAUAUGGUAUCUUCAUGGGGCGGUUAUGUUUUCCUCAUCAAUUUGAUACCCCUGCAUGUGCUGGCCUUGAUGGCCACCGGCCGCUUCUCCCAUCGUGUUUACAUCGCUUACAGUACGCUCUACACGAUUGGCACUAUCCUUUCCAUGCAAAUUUCAUUCGUCGGAUUUCAGCCCGUUCAAAGUUCUGAACAUAUGCUCGCUUUUGGUGUAUUUGGUCUCUGCCAGUUACACGCCCUCGUUGACUAUGUACGAUCGAUUGUACCGAAAGAGCAUUUCGACACCCUUUUCCAAGCACUCGUCAUCUCGAUCGUGUGCGUUGCUGCCCUGGUUGGUUUAGUACUGACUUUAACUGGCAAAAUCUCUCCCUGGACUGGCCGCUUCUACUCGUUGCUCGAUCCUUCGUAUGCGAAAAAUCACAUACCCAUUAUCGCAUCCGUGUCUGAGCAUCAGCCAACAUCCUGGUCUUCGUUUUACUUUGACUUGCAGAUAUUGGUAUUUUUAUUUCCGGCUGGGCUGUAUUUCUGCUUCGCCAAGCUAUCUGAUGCCAAUAUUUUCAUAAUUUUGUAUGGUGUUACGAGCAUCUACUUUGCCGGUGUUAUGGUACGUCUGAUGCUUGUGCUCGCCCCCGUCAUGUGCAUUUUGUCAGGAAUCGCAAUCUCACAGUUGUUCACUAAAUACAUUCGGAACGUUGAUAUUGGAGGAAUGACAACAACUGGCCCUGGUGCUGGAGAGAGCCGAAAAGCUAAGGCUCGUAUAGCGUAUGAACAACAAACGCCAGUAAAGCAGGAGGUUGCGAUCGGAUUUGUGUUGCUAUUGACUUGUUUGCUCAUCACCUACACCUUCCACUGCACCUGGGUUACUUCGGAAGCAUAUAGCUCGCCAAGUAUUGUGCUGAGCGCUCGUUCACACGACGGUGGACGCAUCAUAUUUGACGACUUUCGAGAGGCUUAUUACUGGCUCAAGAUGAACACACCGGAGGAUGCUCGUGUAAUGUCAUGGUGGGAUUACGGAUAUCAGAUAACAGCCAUGGCUAACCGCACCAUAUUGGUGGACAAUAACACAUGGAAUAACACGCAUAUCUCACGCGUCGGCCAAGCCAUGGCUUCCACGGAAGAACGUGCAUAUGAAAUUAUGAAAGAGCUCGACGUCGAUUAUGUACUAGUCAUUUUUGGUGGGCUAACUGGCUAUUCUUCGGACGAUAUCAACAAAUUCCUCUGGAUGGUUCGCAUUGGUGGAAGCACGGAUCGUGGGGCCCACAUCCGCGAAAUGGAUUACUAUGCCUCGAGUGGGGAUUUUAGAAUUGACAAAGAAGGUUCUCCUACACUACUCAAUUGUCUAAUGUACAAGAUGUGCUAUUAUCGCUUUGGUCAGGUAUACACUGAGGGUGGUAAAGCACCAGGUUAUGACCGAGUACGCGGAGCCGAAAUCGGAAACAAGGACUUUGAGUUAGACGUCUUGGAGGAAGCGUACACUACCGAACACUGGCUUGUGCGAAUCUACAAAGUAAAGGAUCUAAGCAAUCGAGGCCUUUAAAAUCGCAGAAUUAGGAAAUUGAGGCGUAAAAUUAGCCGUAUCAUUUACCAAGAGCAUUCCGAUCUAGCGUGCAAAAAAAAUUUCGGGCUAUUGUCUAGGCAAUUAUUAUUUCAUGUCAGCCUCCUUGAGAUGAUUUCUACUAAACUGUUCAUAAAAAUACCCUGGACGUCAGUGCUUUUUCAGAUAAAUUGCAAAGGUUAUUGAGCUAGAACCUGCAUGGAGCAGAUGGUUUGCCCAUGUUAUUGUAAUGUACAGCAUUCAUGCAUAAAAUAAAGCAACAAAUAUUCGAAGCGGUUAAAAC